AUGAUUGUGAUUCGCCGCAAUGGUUUGGCUCGUCGCCGCGUUUUGGCUCAUCGUCAUAUUUUCGUCCCAUUGAUGAUUGUGGCUCCUCGUCGUAUUGUGCGUACAGUUUGUAGCAGCGGCAUCAUAGCUCGUUUCAACAGCGUCAUAGUUUGUUGGAGUUCGCCCACAGUUCGUCAUAACGGCGUCACAAAUUAUCUUACUUCGUUCGCAGCUCAUCGUAAUGGCGCCACAACUUAUCGUAAUUUACUCGCAGUUUGUCGUAGUGGCAUCGCAACUCCUUCUAGUCCAUCCACAGUUCGUUGCAGUGACAUCUUGUUGCGAGCUCGUCACAACGCUUGUAGCUCUGCGCAGCUCGUCAACACGCUUAUAGGUCUCCGCAGCUCAGUAGUGAUAACGUCGUUCGUUGUUGUAGAUGGAUCUGCUCCGUCUCCAGUAAGUCACGGCGUGCCUGUCGGUGUGGCUACGUCUUCGGCUCGCUUAUCUCCCGUCAGUGCGGUUCUGGGCGGUGCGUCCGUGUUUCAUUUGUCUGAUAUCCGGAGGUGCACUGAGAGCUUUGUUGACCUGGGAUCUAUGGUGUCUUGUGUUCCGUUAGAUUGCGCCAUUCUAGCUCCGGCCGAGCUGUGUGUCGUGUGGGCUCCUGUUCCGUCUGCUGGCGCCGAUCCUCCACCUGGCGCACCUCCUGUCGCUCAGGGCUCGCCGUUUGCAUUCGCGUUUGAUCUGUUUAAGGGAGGUGGAUCUGUGGCUCCGUCUCCGACCGGCGUUCGUCCUCCUCCUCCUGCCUCUGGGGUCGUGAAGUUGAGUUCCAAGGGAUCGAUGCCAUUCCUCCUCGCGGCUCUCCUUGUCUCCUCUCCCUGCUGCCGGGUGGCUCGCAAAGUCUCUAACUCCCUCGUCAGCGAGCUGUUCAGCGUGUGUUGUUCCUCGGCCUUCUUCUGUAGAGCGGCGAUCGUCUCCUGCAUCUUCGCCAGUUCGAUCGCCGCGUUCCGGGCGGUUUGUUGUUUGUCUGUCGUUGCGAUUGGAUCGGUUCCUGGCGGGAUGACUCCUGUUGCGUUCGUCGUCGGUCCGGUCAUCUCUUCAGAUCUCGAGUGUUAUUUGAGUAAGAAAUCUUCUACUGACCCUCCUUCUAGCGCCAAAUUGUGGGAACUGGAAUCCGCACAAUAG